AUGUCGAUAAGAAAGAGCUUGUUUAGCUGCCUGAUGGUGGCUCUAGUGAUGGCGACGAUGCUCCGCUCCGUACGGGCGGACAUCGAGACAAACGAAGUGAACGAUCAAGAUGUGUACAUGCUUCAGGGAGUACGGGUGUAUCCGAAUGACCGCCAGUGCGUGCUGGUUGGAGGACUGUGCGUGAAGACUAGCGACUGUACGGAGCCAACCAACAACAAGGGACUGUGCCCCACCAGCGUCCACCAUGGUGUGGAAUGCUGCUACGAACUGCCGGUCCGACCAGCGCCCUGUGCGGAACACCUGGGAAUGUGCAUGGAUCGAUGCCACCAGAGGCUCUUGAGACCUGGUACCGAUUGCGUCAAUGGACAAGUCUGCUGUGUUUUGAUUUAGUUAUAAUCCUUUUACACACACACAACACACAAACACACACACACUUCUACACACCAACACACACACUUACAUAUAAAAUGUAUUUAUUUAACUAUAUAUUAAUUAUAUUGUACGAUCCAUCACCCCGA